AUGGGCUUGCUACCAUCUCCCACCGAUAAGCCAUUAGAUGAACAGCAAAUUGAAAAAGAAUAUUUGCGAGUGCCUCGAUUUGCGUUACGCUUACUGGGAUACUGGCCACACGAUAAAUUGCUGAGCUUCAGGGUGCUGCCGUUUACUGUACUGAGUCUAACGAUUAUAUCGCUUGGAGUGGCUGUAGAGGUAGCAUUUAGUUACACUCAUAUAAACAGUGCAUCUUUGGCAUUGGAAGCUCUAUGUCCAGCGUUAACAAAGAGUGUUACAAUAAUCAAAUUCGUCAUGCUAUUGCUUACCAGAUCGAAGGUUGCUAACAUGUUGAAUGAUAUCAAACAGAAAUGGAUAAAUGAUAAGUCACCGGAAUCAUCAUAUGAAAAUCUGCGAGCAUGUAGAGCCUCUAUGGUAGCUGCAAUGAUCUUAAUUUGCUUUUCGAAUGGAGCCGCCACAGGGUACUUUCUUCGGCCAGUUGUAACGAUGGCUUAUCAAUAUUUUACUGGGAAGGAAAUUGUUCGAACUCUACCGUUCAAGUCGGAAUAUCCGUACGACGAGUAUGCAGACCCGAUAUACACAUUAACAUACAUUGUCAUGAGCUCAACCGGUACAAUUUGUGCCUUUGGUUUAUCCGGAAUGGACGGGAUUUUUGUAUCAAUUUGCUUGCAAAUAUCGGCUCAAUUUCGAAUACUAAAACGGAAUUUUGAGCAAAUGACUGCAGAUUAUACGAACGUUCAGAAUGAGAGAAUCUUGCAAUAUUCGAAAGCGGAAAAUCAGGAACUGAACCAGAAAUUGAAAGUAUUGAUUCGUCGGCAUCAGGACACUAUUCAAAUGAACGACGAUAUGGUCAAUUUGUUUUUAGUAAACAUCUUUUCCCAUUUUGUGUCAGCAGCUUUGGUGCUUUGCUGUGUAUCGGUGAAUUUACUACUUACUCGUGGCGGUCUGUGGUUGAGCCACCACAAAAGCUAA